CAGGCCUCAUUCUUUUCCUACACUUUGGCUUGAACACAUCUCUUUCGUAAAAUAAAAAAAAAAAGAAUAUGAAAAACUAAGUUCUAAAUUCAUUUCCAAGGCAUAACUUGUAACGCGUUUCUUCAGCAGUGAAAAAAUUCUAUCGAGAUUUUGUAACAUAUAAACUAUCAAAAUGGUUCUUAUGAUGGUCUGCACUUUCAACCCCUUCUACAUUGGUCCCUGCCCGCCCGGCUGUCUGGUCCCCUUGACUGGCGGAUCCCCCAGCUGCAGUCCCUGCUGCAGUCCUUGCGGUGGCUGUGGACCUUGUGGUGGCUGUGGACCUUGUGGUGGCUGUGGACCUUGUGGUGGCUGCAGCUCGUGUCCUUGCGGCUGGUGAGGUGCCGCUAGGACGAGAAGCCAAAUGGAAGCAGAUCUUUGCAGCCUAAGAUCCGAGCUUCCUUUAAGAACUGCUGAAGAAAUGUGCUGCUGUUAUAAACUUUAUCCUUGGCUGACGAUAACAACCAACGUCUAACGAAACACUGUGUUUUAAGCAAUAAACUUAAAGAAAAUA